AGACAUUUGACAAGAAUGCCACAAGCUACGGGGUCAAUGUUAUUGCUGAAUUAAUCUCGGCUAACUUAAUAGAGAAAUAACUUAUUUAAAAGAAUGCUUAGGGUAAAGAUUUGCUAAUAUUACGAGACUUUAUUAAUGCUUUGAGUGCUUAGAUUGUCUGUAUUGUUUGAGUUUCUAAUGGUGUCUGUUUUUGACUUAAUUGAGAUUAAAUAUGCGGAUUGAAAGCCUUUUCAAAUAUAUUAUGGAAUGAAGACAAUGUGAUUCUGCUUACGUCAAGUAUCAACAAAAGUUUCCUGGCAAAUUCGCAAAGCCGUGCUAACCACUACAACAGCUAUCGCCAUAAAAGUGCGAGAAACGGAACGGGAGGUGUGGUUUCAAUUCAUCUGACAAUCCUUAGCUGGCAAAUGGAGGAUAUCGUUCUGAAAGUAGAAUUUCUGAUGUUUAUGUGCUGCUAUUUCUAGUUUCAUGGAACAGUUUAGAAAUGGCAGGCGGACUCGAUGUGCUUUGUUGACCUGAACGAACGCCACCAGGCAUGGUGAGAUAUUUGUGGUUAAGCCAGUCUUAACUGCUGUUGCAAGGGUAGAUGGACAGAGUCUUUUAUUUUUGUUCGUCUUAACUAUCUUGAUGCAAAUAGUUCUAAUGGAUUCGUACCAACCCGCCGCGAAACCAAAGCUCAGGCAUCACAAGAUCAUGUGUUGUGCGGUCAUUCGGGCUUCUUGAGGUGGCUUCGUAGAUACCUGUUACCAAUAGAACGGCAACUCAAAAUGAUGAACAUCUACGUAAAGGUACUGUUUGGGUCUGCGUUAACAUUCGCCGCACUCCAGGUUGUUCAUCUAAUAUUUUCAAACUCACACUAUAUGAGCGGUCAAGCAUCACUUGAGUCUUUCCGCGCGGGAAGCUGGUCAUGCGAGCUGGACAAACAGUUGGUCCUACAUCUUCGAAAAGAAAUUAAAGAGAAGGAAAAACUUCUGAAAUAUCGCGAGAAAGUUAUCAACACGCUGCGGAAAACUGUAUCACAGCUUAACAGAACGACACAAAAUGAAAUGGGACCGUUACCGUUGUCUCAAGUUAAAAGUGUUAUACGAAAACGAUCCUUCUCGGAAAAUUAUGAGACCCAAAAUACGUCAGAGCAUGAAUCUAAAAUAAACAUUAAAGGAAAAGGAGUGAAGCAGGACAAAAGUCAUACACCAUUUCCCGAUAAGUUGGACGAAGUGGCGAGAAAUGGCACAAAGCCAUGCUGCAUGGCUCUGAAGCGAAUGUCGGACAUUCUUCGUCAGUACAUCGACACCAUACGGGACUUGAAGCAUCAAGUGGCAAUUUACGAGCAAACCAAUGUUACUGCAAAACUGCUCCGCUACGGGGAGAUAGUAAAGCGACAGACUAUUGCGAAAAACUGUUCGACGUACUUUAUUCCAAAACGAGUGGAAAAGCAGAAAGAUGAGCUCUUCCUGAGUAGCGAUUUGCAUUCAAUAUUCGAGGCACAGCCGUUGUACAUGGAACCAAAACAGAAAAUUGGAAAUUUCGGUGCAAAACAUCGUAAUAUUGACUUGAAAACAGCCUGGAGUUGGGCUGUUAAAGAAUUGAAAAAAUACUCAAAAGAUAAAUCUGAAAAGACUCUAGAACCCCUUGAUAUUCUUUUUAAUGGAGAUCCUCUGAAAGGAAACCAGUAUAUAUUUACAGCUAGGACGAAAUCGGGGAAGGUUUUUACUGUGCCUGUUCUAAGGCCGCUUGGUCCGUACAUUAGCGAUGGGAAAAUAAUGGAACAGACAGCAAGGCUGAAGGAGCUCAUCAAUAUUAUAGUUCCUCUUUCUGGACGGUCUCAUUCCUUGGAAAAAUUCCUUCAUAUGUUCCAUGAAGUAUGUACAAAGAACAAAGAGAAUGUCUUUCUCACAAUUGUAAUAUACGGAAAUUCAACUACUGCUGCUAAAUUGAAACAUACGAUUAACGCGUUUGCAAAAAAGUCGCGCAUUAUAGGAUACGAUAUUAUGAGACAGGAUUUGCCGUUCUCGCGUGGCCGCGCGCUAGAUGAUGGGGUGAACCGAUGGAAUGGCAAGCGAAACGUAUUGAUGUUUUUCUGCGACAUUGACGUAACUUUCGAUCGUAACUUUUUGCGGAGAUGCAGAGCAAAUACGAGAGCUGGUAAACAGGUUUACUACCCGAUAUUGUUCUCGCAAUACAACCCGCAGAUAUCCAAUAAGAAUAGAACGGACAAGCAUACUGUAGAGAUUGACUCAGAGUCGGGCACAUGGCGGCCGCUGGGUUUUGGUAUGGCCUGCAUUUACAGGGCUGACUACCUCAAAGUUGGCGGAUUCAACUUGAAAAUUAAGGGAUGGGGAGGCGAAGACAACGAUUUAUUUAACAGAUUAUCAAAAAGUCCAAUAAAGACAAUACGUGCACCAGACCCAGGACUCUUUCACAAAUGGCAUUUUAAAGAAUGUGAUAUAUCACUGGAUAAAGUGAAAUACAAUCAUUGUUUGGGUGCAAAGGCAAGGUAUGAAGGAUCCCAAAGACAGCUAGGGCUCAUUUUAUUCAAACAACCUGAAAGGUAG